AUGCUGACUGUAUUUACCACCUGUUUUGGAUCAUCAUUUCAAAUUGGAUAUAAUCUUGCAAUUUUAAAUCAACCAGCAAAGAAUAUUGAAAAUUUUUUAAAGGAGACAAUGCCUGGAAGUGAUCCUCAAUUUAUAUAUGUUACUGCAACUGCAAUAUUUGUUGUAGCUGCGGCGAUGGGAUCAUUCAGUUGUGGAUGGAUAGCUGACGGUUUUGGUCGACGUAAUGGUUUAUUCAUCAAUCACUUCUUUGCAAUAACUAGUGGAUUACUAAUUGGUCCGUGUGUUGCACUGAAGCAACCCAUGCUACUGCUUAUAGGACGAGUAGUUAUUGGUAUUAACUGUGGAAUUACUAUUGGUGUAGCUUCAUUAUAUUUAACGGAAAUUGCACCACGUGAAUUACGUGGAGGCAUUGGUGCAUGUCAUCAAUUGGCAGUGACAAUCGGGAUAGCUUUCGCCUAUUUUAUAACACUAUCAUUUUUAUUAAAUAGUAAAAAUCUAUGGCCAUUAGCUGCUGCUUUAGGCGCAGUACCAGCUACUAUUUCACUCAUACUUUUACCAAUGUGUCCAGAAAGUCCAAGAUUUUUAUUUUUAAAAAAACAUAAAGAAACUGAAGCAAGAAAUGCAUUUUUAAAGUUAAAUAUUCAAGAAAAUGUUGAUACAUUUUUGUCAGAAUUACAAAAAGAAAAUGAAUUUGCAAAAAGUCAACCUGCUUUUAAAUUUCAACAAUUAUUUGUUCAGAAAGAUCUACGUGUACCGGUAGUUAUUGCUUGCCUUAUACAAAUGAUGCAACAAUUAUCUGGAAUAAACGCGGUUAUCUCUUACUCAUCUAAAAUGCUAACAAUGGCUGGGAUUUCAGAAAGUUAUCUUGAAUAUUGUGUAUUUGGUAUUGGUGUAUUCAAUGUAAUCGUAACUAUCGGCGCUUUACCGCUAUUAGAACGAGCAGGUCGACGUACAUUAUUAUUAUGGCCAUCAUUAAUCUUAGUUAUAUCUUUAUUAGUUCUUACCAUAUCUGUCACAUUAACAGAAAAAUCCACUGGAACUCUUCACACUUUGAUGACAAGUCUGUCGAUUAUUUUUAUCUUUGUGUAUAUAUUCGGUUUUGCAUUGGGUUUGGGACCAGUACCUGCGUUAAUAGUAUCAGAAAUUUUUAGACAAGGUCCAAGAGCUGCUGCUUAUUCGCUUAGUCAAACAAUUCAAUGGUUAUCUAAUCUGUUAGUAUUGUUUUCAACUCCAACUAUGAUGGUGAGUUAA